AUGACUAUAGAUAACUUCUCAUUGGGUGUACCUUCCGUGUUUCAGGCUACCAUAAAAACAGCGAUGUACCCAGAACACCUUUUUUUAUCCCUGUUUUCCCAAGUGUUGAAGCUUAUCUACUUAGCUUUUUCUGGAUCAUUAGGUCUCUACCAGUCGUCCUUGAGUCUUCCCAGAACCCAUCAGGGUAUCGAGCCUCUGUGUCUGACGAAUAACGUUUCACCCUCACGAAUCCACAACGGGUCACGAGGGUCACGAAUCCACGGUCACCCUCAAGUCACUCCACAACCAAUCAGUCACCCUCAACGAAUCCACAACCAAUCAGUCACCCUCAUCCGGUCACGAAUCCACAACCAAUCAGUCACCCUCAUCCGGUCACGAAUCCACAACCAAUCAGUCACCGGUCACGAAUCCACAACCAAUCAGUCACUCUCCACGAAUCCACAACCAAUCAGUCACCCUCAACUGGUCACGAAUCCACAACCAAUCAGUCACCCUCCACUGGUCACGAAUCCACAACCAAUCAGUCACCCUCAGGUCACGAAUCCACAACCAAUCAGUCACCUCCACUGGUCACGAAUCCACAACAAUCAGUCACCUCAGGUCACGAAUCCACAACCAAUCAGUCACCCUCAUGUCACGAAUCCACAACCAAUCAGUCACCCUCAACUGACGUCCACCAAUCAGUCACCCUCAAGUCACGAAUCCACAAACCAAUCAGUCACCCUCCACUGGUCACGAAUCCACAACCAAUCAGUCACCCUCACCGGUCACGAAUCCACAACCAAUCAGUCGGUCACGAAUCCACAACCAAUCAGUCACCCUCAACUGGUCACGAGUCACAACCCAUCAGUCACCAAUCCCACCAACCAAUCAGUCACCCUCAUGGGUCACGAAUCCACAACAAUCAGUCACCCCAACUGGUCACGAAUCCACAACCCAAUCAGUCACCCUCAUGGUCACGAAUCCACAACCAAUAGUCACCCUAACUGGUCACGAAUCCACAACCAAUCAGUCACCCUCACUGGUCACGAAUCCACAACCAAUCAGUCACCCUCAGGUCACGAAUCCACAACCAAUCAGUCACUCUCAACUGGUCACGAAUCCACAACCAAUCAGUCACCCUCAUCCGGUCACGAAUCCACAACCAAUCAGUCACCCUCAACUGGUCACGAAUCCACAACCAAUCAGUCACUCUCAACUGGUCACGAAUCCACAACCAAUCAGUCACCCUCAACUGGUCACGAAUCCACAACCAAUCAGUCAUCACUGGUCACGAAUCCAACCAAUCAGUCACCUCACACGAAUCCACAACCAAUCAGUCACCCUGGUCACGAAUCCACAACCAAUCAGUCACCCUGGUCACGAAUCCACAACCAAUCAGUCACCCUCAACUGGUCACGAUCCACAACCAAUCAGUCACCUCAUCCGGUCACGAAUCCACAACCAAUCAGUCACCCUCAGGUCACGAAUCCACAACCAAUCAGUCACCCUCAACUGGUCACGAAUCACAACCAAUCAGUCACCCUCAUUGGUCACGAAUCCACAACCAAUCAGUCACCCUCAACUGGUCACGAAUCCACAACCAAUCAGUCACCCUCAUGGUCACGAAUCCACAACCAAUCAGUCACCCUCAACUGGUCACGAAUCCACAACCAAUCAGUCACCCUCAACUGGUCACGAAUCCACAACCAAUCAGUCACCCUCAACUGGUCACGAAUCCACAACCAAUCAGUCACCCUCAACUGGUCACGAAUCCACAACCAAUUCAGUCAACCCUCAACUGGUCACGAAUCCACAAACCAAUCAGUCACCCUCAACUGGUCACGAAUCCACAACCAAUCAGUCACCCUCACUGGUCACGAAUCCACAACCAAUCAUCACGGUCACGAAUCCACAACCAAUCAGUCACCCUCAAACUGGUCACGAAUCCACAACCAAUCAGUCACCCUCCACUAG